CAGCUCCGUGUCUAUACAAAGAACGCCUCAUUGUAAAAACUCUGUGAUGUAUUGAUUAAUUUCAUCGUUAUUCAAACAUAAAAGGUAUCCCUGUGCGAAAUCGAACGCGUUCCGCCCAUAACAAAAACAGUUUCAGUGAACAUUGUUCGUUUUAGAAGGGGCCACGUCCCGUGAAAUUCCACUUUUAUCGACACAUAGAAUCUUGUGUGCGAGUCGAACAUGGUGGACUGCGGCGCGAGUGAAAUCGUCUGUUGUGUUAUAAAGUCGUGAAUGUAAUAUACUAAAUAUGGAUUGGUGUAUGAGUGUUUAGAUAGUGUUCGUAUAAAGUGUAUUGCAACAAUGGUAUCCUACGGUUACUUCGGGCUGCGCCAGACACCUUGGACGCUCCUUGUUCUAAUUUUCAUCGUCGAAAGCGUCAUGGGGAACUUCGCUAAAUCAUUCUACAUACAUUGGAACACCACAAACAGCAUAUUUAGAAUAGACAACACAGAUCACGUAUUCGACUUAAAUAAAGGAAACGCUCAGUUUGAAUAUGACCAAGUGAACAUAAUAUGUCCUUUCUACACUCCCGGUACGUUUGAGGACGACACGGAAAAAUAUAUUAUCUACAAUGUAAGCAAAGAAGAAUAUGAUACGUGUAGAAUUACAAACCCGAACCCACGAAUCAUAGCGAUAUGCGACAAACCGCACAAAUUAAUGUAUUUUACAAUUACAUUUCGACCGUUUACACCUCAGCCUGGAGGGCUAGAAUUCCUUCCAGGCAAGGACUAUUACUUCAUAUCCACGUCUAGUAAGGACGAUCUACAUCGGCGCAUCGGAGGGAGAUGCCUUAGUCAUAACAUGAAGCUAGUCUUCCGAGUAUGCUGCAAGCCUGAGGAGGGGCAGGCUCCAGCGCCACAGACGCCACCCCCUCCGCCGUUGCCACCCACUUUCCCCCCGACCACUACCACGACGACGACCAUGAAGCCGGUGACGAAAAAGACGCACAAGUAUGACAAAUCUCCAAACGAAGUUGUGAAAAGCGAGGAGCUCUCCUACUCUCGCGGGGCGGCCUUGGCAUCUUCUAUCGCAUUGGCUCUGGCUGCUAUCUUCGUACUGGCGCCGCUGGUCCGGUGAAUGUGUGUUAAAGCGGCCCGGCGACCGCAACGCGAGGCAAAGCCCGACACACAGACUUUGCAUUAUCUGCGACCUGACUCUAUAAUCUAUGCGUGAAUCUGUGGGUGAUUAGUGACUUUCCUAGUAUCCAGUUCCGUGACGUUUUAGUGUAAGCCUAAUGUAAGGCCUAUAAUCGAAGAUCUUAGAAGGUACUGUAGUUGCAUUAAAGGUUCUCGAAUCGUUAGAAAUUAAAUUUUUUAUAUUUUCACUAACGCAAUGAAGGAUAUUUGAUUAAGGAUACAGUUAGGUCAUUUAGGUUUCAAAAGACUUUCCACCUAACGCUUAAUUUAACUAAAUUCGCGGCGAAAUUCGUCGCCAUACUGUGAUUUUUGGUUUUAUUUAGAAUGUAAUUUUCUAUUCUUUGUGAUAUCGAAUAUGUGCAUUUUUUUCUCGACUGAUUUUAAAGCUUUUUUUAUUGAUUUAACGUAAUUUUUUCGUGACUCACGUCAUUCACUCGUUUUGAGUUGGCAUUCAAAUCUUGCCAUAGUCUAAUUACCAUCUUGCAUUCAUCUGUUCUUGAUUUUAUCUGUAUCGGAUCAUCAAUCACAUAAAUACAAAAGAAUUCCACGAAAGAGGUUUUACACCACACGUACCUUUAUGAAUGCUGGCCGAAAAAAAAGAAACAUUCCAAGAUGGCUGUCAAGCCACAGAUAAUAGAUGAUUUCUGAUACAGAUAAUCGUUCUUCAGCACAUCAGUGCCAUUACAAUUAAUAGUAAAAUAGUCAAGUAGUUGAAAUAGUCCGGUUUUCUUUUAGACAUACUCAUUUAGUGGCAGUCUAUAUUUUUAAAUAGCGCUUAAGGUUUUCAAACGUUUGAGUUUCAUAUUGUAUUAUCGGUAAUGCCAAUCAACAUAAUCUACUUAGAAGCCCUGUGUAAUCUACGUAAUUAUGAAGUGGGUGAUAAAUAUAUAUUUAUAUAUAACGUCGACAUCAAGGUAUGUGGUAUGUAUAU